AUGUCAGUACAACAUUCACCGAAAAGUAAAUCAGAUACAGAUCCCCCUUUUACGCCUAUAAAGGAUCAACUUCGUGAGAAGCGAAAGAAAAUCGAAACAAAAACGAUGGAGGAACAAUUGAAAGUUUUGGUACGACAAAGAAAAGCAGUGGAAGGAAAACUAACCCGCAUUCGAGAUGCGUUGUAUGAACCAGACGAUGUGCUGAAUCCUAACCUCAAAAAUCUCCAUUUCCUUCAAUUACAUUUGAAAACGGUGGAAUCAUGCUAUAAGGAAUACAACGAGUUUCAGAACGCCAUCUACAGUCUUGCUAUGUCGGAUGAAAGACGUGAUGAACAGGAAGAUCGAUAUGUUGUGUUCGAGAUGCUUUACAACGAUUUAAGCAUUCGAUUGAAUUCAUUGAUUGCAGUAGCAAUGAAAGUAGAAGAUCGGGUAACAGUAAGCUCACAGGUAGUACCAGCCGCUGCAGUGGCUACGACUCAUUUGCCGCCUUUAAAUGUUCCAUUACCGAGUUUUGAUGGAAGCUACGAGAACUGGUUUUCAUUCAAAUGUAUCUUUCAAACAAUAAUGGCACGGUAUGAGAAUGAGUCUCCAGCAAUUAAACUUUACCACCUUCGGAAUUCUUUGAUUGGAAAGGCAGCUGGAAUCAUCGAUCAAGAUCUAAUGAACAAUAACGACUAUGAUGCAGCAUGGGCUUUGCUUACUGAUCGAUUUGAGGACAGGCGGCUAAUCAUUGACAAACACAUUGAAGCCCUUUUCAAUCUUCCAAUUAUAACAAAGGAAAGUUCUGGAGAUUUGCGGAAAUUAGUCGACACCUGCUCCAAAAAUAUCGAUGCACUGAAAAAUUUGGAACUACCUUUGGAACGAUUGAGCGAACAAAUGCUGAUUAACGUAAUUUCUACAAAAUUGGAUAAAGAUACCCGAAAAGCGUGGGAAAUGCGGCAGACUACCGGCCAAUUGCCGACAUACGAUGCGACGCUUGAUUUUUUAAAGGACCGGUGUAGAAUAUUGGAGAAAAUAGAUACGAAUACAAAAGUAACAACCGAAAAGACUAAACAAUUACGCUCCGCAGCCAAAUGUAAUACACUCGUUGCGACAGUGGUAGCAAAGUGUCUUGUGUGUCAAGACACUCAUGAAUUGUGGAAAUGCGAACAGUUCAAAAAGAGCAGUGUCAGCGAAAAGUACAAUUUGUUGCGAAAAAUUGGAUCCUGUUUUAACUGUCUGCAAAGAGGGCACCGCACCAAUCAGUGUCCAUCAUCAAGUUCGUGUAAAAAGUGCGGCAAACGGCAUCACACACAGCUACAUCUUGAAGAUGUUAAAUCAGAUGUUCACCAGAACCAAAUGAAAUCAGAAUCGGAAGCCGCUUCCAAAGCCUGUUUAGAUGAACGGCAAGGACGGAAUGAUGUCGACACAUCCAAAACUGAAACAAUCUCUACACUCUGUGCUCAGGUUGAUUCAAUCCAAAAGCAAACUCUUUUAUCGACAGCGAUUAUAAUGGUAUUCGAUUGCGGUGGUGUUCUUCAUCCAUGUAGAGCCUUGCUUGAUUCUGCUUCACAGUCACAUUUUAUAACGGAGCGAUUUGUAAAUCUUCUUAAACUACAAAAAGAAUCUGUGAGUUUUUCUGUAAACGGUUUCAACGGAGUUAAUACUCGUGUGCGAUUUAUGGUACAAGUAAGAAUUAAAUCGCGUAUAAAUAACUUCAGUGUAAACAUCGAUGCCUUGAUUGCUCCGAAAAUCAUAGCAGAUUUGCCUGAGCGGACGGUUUAUGUACGCGAGUGGGACCUUCCCACAGAAAUCGAACUCGCGGACCCAGCAUUUUACAAGAAACAUCGCAUCGACAUGCUGAUUGGUGCAGAAGUGUUUUGGAAAUUGAUUAAGGCAGAUUGCAUACAGUUAGCUCCAGGGCUUCCAACUCUCAGAGACACCGAGUUCGGUUGGAUCGUUGGUGGUGCUAUACAGAACCGCUAUACGACUAAUAUUCAUACACUUUGCACGGUGAAAGAAGACAUAAAACUGAGCGAUAUUUUAGAGCGAUUUUGGAAAUUCGAAGGGUCAGACGAGAUACAAAAGCACGACUCAUCGAUGCAGGUCGAGUGCCUCAAGCACUUUCAGCGAACUCAUUACCGGAAUGAUGAAGGAAGAUACAUUGUCAGACUACCAUUCAAUCAGCGGAAAAAUGAUCUUGGUGACUCAUGGCAAAUGGCAUUGCGACGUUAUCUAAACCUUGAGCGACGGCUAAACAAGGAACCGCUUUUGAAAAAACAAUACACGGAGUUCAUUCACGAAUAUGAACGCCUGGGACACAUGCAUCAAGUGAAUGUUGAGCAGGACGGGCGUUUUGGUCCAUCAUAUUUUAUUCCUCAUCACUGCAUACUAAAACCGAGUAGCACAACAACAAAGCUGAGAGUCGUUUUCGACGGCUCUGCUAAAACGAGUACAGGCACAUCUUUGAACGACGUGUUAAUGAUAGGACCUACUGUUCAAAACGAGUUGGUAGCUAUCCUUAUGAAUUUUAGAUGUUUCAGAUAUGUCUUCACGGCGGAUAUACCGAAAAUGUACCGUCAAGUCGGUAUUCAUACAGAUGAUGCAAAAUUCCAACGUAUUAUAUGGAGGGAUGAUCCGUCACAGCCUUUGAAGGUGUUCGAGUUACAGACCGUAACCUACGGGUUAGCUUCGUCGCCAUUUCAUGCUACAAUGGCACUAAAUCAGUUGGCUGAAGAUUCCGAAAGCAAAUAUCCGUUGGCAGCAAAGGUUGUAAGAAAGUGUUUUUAUAUCGACGAUGUUUUGACAGGUGCACAAUCUUUAGAAGCAACGUUACAGUUGCAAAGUGAAUUGACAGAGUUGCUUAAAGACGGAUGUUUUGACGCUCAUAAAUGGUGUUCGAAUUCGACAGCGGUGUUAGAAGGUAUCCCAGAGGAACUUCGGGGAACUGCUUUAAACAUGGCAGAUAUUGAUUCAAAAACUAUCAUCAAGACUCUUGGCGUAGCUUGGAAUCCUACAAAAGAUUGGUUUUCGUUCACGGUUACACCAUCAGAUCGAAACUCUUCCGAAGUACUUACUCGAAGGCAGAUCCUGAGUGAGGUUGCACGAAUUUUUGAUCCACUUGGAAUAAUUGGUCCAGUUGUGACGGAAGCCAAGUUAAUUCUCCGAGAGGUAUGUUCACAGAAUGCAGAGUGGGAUGAUCCAGUAUCAGAAAUAAUCGCUAAACGUUGGAAGAUUUUUCGUGAAGAGUUGCCAGUAUUAAAUGAACUUCAAAUUCCGAGAUGGAUUCUUGCUGAAGAUGUGAGCAUCGUUGAAUUGCACGGAUUCUGUGAUUCUUCUAAUCAAGCUUAUGGUUCCUGCCUAUACACGAGGCUCGUUUAUGCGAAUGGAUCUUCAACAAUGAGACUAAUUUGCAGUAAAUCUAGAAUCUUACCGAAGGCAAAGGCUAAAAUUAAACCGAUAACGACGCCGAGAUCGGAGCUUCUUGCGGCGGUACUUCUUUCUCGCUUGGUGAAUAAGUUCCUUGCAUCGGUGGAUCUGAUUUUUCAUUCAAUUAACUUGUGGAGCGACUCUCAAAUCGCCUUGUGUUGGCUUCGUAAACCACCUGCCGAGCUGGAACGUUUUGUUUCGAACAGAGUUAUUGAAAUACAACGACUAACAUCUGAAUUUCAAUGGCGCUACAUAGCCACUGAUAUGAACCCUGCGGAUAUUAUAUCACGUGGCGAACAUCCUUCUAAAUUGAUCAAAAGACGCUUGUGGUGGGACGGACCUGGUAUUUUCACUGCUGGAGCUGACCUUCCUGACGACGCACCUUCGCUUUCAGACGACGAUCUUCCAGAGUUGAAACAGACCGUUGUGCUUGCACUGGUAGCCGAUGGAAGAAUGAAACUUUUCGACAAUGUAAGUAAUUAUGACAAACUCCGUCGUUGCAUGGCCUACGCUGUUCGGUUUGCUUUGUAUAUCAUGUCAAGGCGAGAGCAAAUGACAAAGGGAAUGAUAUCUACUGAAGAACUGGUACGAGCAGAAAAGAUUAUCGUGAGAUUAGUACAAGCAGAGAUGUUUCGACCGGAAUUAGUGGCAUUAAGGAAGAAUAGUAACGGUAGCCAUCGCCUUCGAGGAUUGGCUCCAUUUAUCGAUACCGAAGACGCAUUGAAACGGUUCGUAAGUCGACGAGGAUUAGUGAGCACUAUUUACUCUGAUAAUGCCACUAAUUUUGUUGGCGCAUCUAAUGAGUUAGAACAGUUGCGACUGUUAUUUGAAGACAAGGCACAUCAAGCAGAUUUAAGUAAUUUCUGUACAAGUCGAAACAUUGUUUGGAGAUUCAUUCCACCGCGCAGUCCACAUUUCGGUGGAAUAUGGGAGGCUGGUGUCAAGUCAGUUAAGCAUCACUUGAAACGAGUGAUUGGCAACCGCAUAUUGUCCUAUGAAGAGUUUUAUACUGUACUUACGCAAAUCGAGGCAGUACUGAAUUCAAGGCCAUUGACACAGAGCUCCGAUGAUCCGAAUGAUUUCACCGCCAUCACUCCUGCACACUUUCUUAUCGGCAGGGAGAUGAAUGCGAUACUCGAACCCUCCUAUCUCAACCUGAAGGAAUCAUCACUCUCUAGAUGGCAACUUGUCCAAACAAUGCAACAACAUUUCUGGAAACGUUGGACGCACGAGUAUUUGCCAGAAUUGAAGAAUCGUCAAAAAUGGUGUAAGAAAACGACAUUUAAGAUUGGCGCUCUAGUUUUGAUUGCUGAUUCCAACGCACCGCCGGCACAAUGGUCACUUGGUCGUAUCAUUGCGGUACAUCCUGGCUCCGAUGAUCUAACGAGGGUGGUGUCGAUCAACACUACGAAGGGAAUAUUUAAACGAGCUGUUACGGAGAUUUGUCCUCUGCCUUUGGAUGUGGACGAACGUUCUGAAGAUUGA